AAGCCUUGAUGGCACCAUCACCCAUUCUUUCCUUCUCCUUCUUCUUCUUCUUCUUCUUCUUUUUCACAAAAGCAUCAGCUGCAGGAGGCCAAUGGAACCUCCUGAAACCAAGCAUUGGGAUAUCAGCUAUGCACAUGCAGCUUCUCAAUAAUGAUCAUGUCAUCAUCUUCGACCGAACUGACUUUGGCCCUUCAAAUCUCACUUUCCCCAAUGGAAAAUGCCGCAAUGAUCUCAACGACCAAGCCCUCAAACAAGAUUGCACAGCUCACUCUGUCGAGUUUGAUGUUCUAACCAAUUCUAUACGUCCCCUCAUGGUUCAAACCGAUGUGUGGUGCUCUUCUGGUGCUCUCUAUCCCGACGGCCGUCUCAUCCAAACCGGCGGAUUCAACGACGGCGACCGUGCCGUCAGAAUUAUCCGGCCAUGUAAUGAUUGUGAUUGGGAGGAGAUUCCACUUGGACUCAAUGUGCGACGUUGGUAUGCCACUAAUCAUAUAUUACCGGACGGCCGGGUAAUCGUGAUCGGCGGUCGCCGGCAAUUUAAUUACGAGUUCUAUCCGAAAUCUACAUCGACUAAUAAGGUAUUCUCAUUACCAUUUCUAGUGCAAACAAGUGAUCCAAAUGAAGAAAACAAUCUCUACCCUUUUGUUCACCUCAAUGUUGAUGGAAACUUAUUCAUCUUUGCUAAUAAUCGAUCAAUCUUGUUCGACUAUAUCAAGAAUGCCGUCGUGAAAACUUUUCCGGCGAUACCCGACGGCCAUCCUCGGAGCUAUCCUAGCUCGGGUUCUUCAGUUCUACUACCACUUCACUUACUACAACAACCGUCAGUGGCAGCUGAGGUGCUCAUCUGUGGUGGAGCACCUCGAGGGUCAUUCCCUAACGCGAAUUCCGGGUUUUUCAUCGGAGCAUUGAAUACAUGCGGUAGGAUCCGAAUAACUGACCCGAAUCCGAAGUGGUCCAUGGAGACAAUGCCUCUAGCAAGAGUUAUGGGAGACAUGACUUUACUUCCCAAUGGCCAUAUCUUGAUCAUUAAUGGUGCUGCAAGGGGGACAGCGGGGUGGGAGCUCGGUCGAGAACCUGUGUUUAAACCGGUUUUAUACCGACCCGAUAAUCCAUCUGGGUCUCGAUUUGAAGUUCAAAACCCAUCUUCAAUUCCACGUCUCUAUCAUUCAACUGCAAUCUUACUACGUGAUGGUAGAGUUCUGGUGGGAGGAAACAAUCCCCAUGUGUUCUACAACUUUACUGGCGUUCUUUACCCAACGGAUUUGAGCUUAGAGACAUUCUCACCCGAAUAUAUCGGGUCGGGUUUUUCGGAUUUGUGGGUUAGAAUCAUUGCUCCAACAUCACAAACGAAGUUAGGAUAUAAGCAACCAUUGGUAGUACGGUUCUCAGUGUCAAGUGUGGUGAGGGAGGAGAAGGUAUGGGUGACAAUGGUGACUCCAUCUUUCACUACGCACUCGUUUUCUAUGAAUCAGAGGCUAUUGGUGUUAGGUGGCGAGAAUGUGACACUUGUCGCAAAUUCAAUGUAUGACGUGUCAGUGACAACUCCAACUUCGGCUUUCUUGGCACCACCUGGAUGGUAUCUUGUAUUUGUGGUUCAUCAAGAUAUACCUAGCGAGGGAAUUUGGGUUCACAUUCAAUGAUGUAAUUUUAAUUUAAUUUCUUAUAAGAAUUA